CUGGACCCUUUCUCCGUCCCCCUGGGUGUUUGAUCAGAAGAAAGAGAGAGGGACCUAUUAGAUCCCAAAAAGGAACAAAAUUAAAGCUGUGUGUCCAGAGAAAUAGACUUAGAGAGAGAAGACAGUGUGAGUGGAGAGGAUUUUCGUUUCCUUUCUUCACACUUUCUCAUCCCAUUUGAAGCCUGGCGAUCUCUUUCCUUAAUCUCUCGAUCCCUCCUCUCCUCCCUUCCCUCCACCAAUCUCCGCCCUAGGGUUUCUCUUCUUGCUCGCUUUUCCUCUACGGUUUGCGCUAUUCGAUCGCCACCUUUCAGUGCGUGGAUUGGUUGAUCAGGCUUGCAGUUUGGAUGAUGAGCCAUCUCGGCGUGGAUUUUUCCGGUGGCCGGGCGGUUGGUGCGUGGUUCGCUCUUCUUUUUGUUCCCCAUUAAGACAUCGUCUGCCGUGAGAUGGCAGUCGUUUUUCCGGGCCAUGGAAGAAGACUUCACUUUAAAAUUCUGGUGGUUUUCCUCCAAUUCUGGUGUUUCCACUAUCGCUAUCGCUGCGACUGAGCUUCUUUGAGCAUUUGUUGGUGUUCGGGUGGUGAAAGCCAAGUACCGGAUUUCCGUGCAAAACCACUCACGGAUAUCUCGGAUUCCAUUGGGGGGCACACUUCAUAGUAGGGAGUUGGUAAUUCUCUUCGCAAUUUGCUUUUGGAUCCAUUAUCGGCUGGUGCUCACCUCCUUGAAGGAUUUUAGCUAACGCUGUUGGGCGUUGUGAGUUUCUUGAGACUUCCAUUUGGGUUUGCACGGUGAUAAGUUCGGGAAUUAGAAUUUAUCUGGAGGAUUUGUUGUCGGGUUCAUGUAGUAAUUGCUAUCUGCAGCAAGGUCUGUCCAGUUUCUCUCAGCUUGGAGGUUUUUGGUUCUCCCUUGGCUUCUUGGGACAGUGGGUUGCGGCAUAUGGAAAUGGUGCAAUUUUGAAGCUGGAAAUGAGUGUAGGGCUAUGAUGCAUGGACCAGAGCAGGGUUGGUGGUCCGCUGACUUACUGGAACAACUGUACUGGAAAGUAGGACUCUUUGCAGAUCUGGGGUUAGUGUGCAAUGUCUCGCUGCUUCCCUUUUCCACCGCCAGGAUAUGAAAAGAAGCCAAGGAGUGAUUACAUAGAUUUACUAGCAAAGGAGAAGCACAAAGAGAAGAAGUGUAAAAAAGACAAGAGGGACAAAGAACAGAGAGAAGGUCAAAAAAGAAAAGACAAGGACAGAAGCAGAGAUAAGCACAAAGAAGAGAAGGAUGAAAAGGAAAAGCACAGGGAGAAGAAAAGGGAUAAAGACAGGGAUAGGAAGAAUAGGACAGAAGAUGAUAAGAAAACUGAAGAACGGGCCAAAGGUCACAAUGAAGAGAAGAUCGGGAGUGGUAGCUGGAAGGCUGAAGAAGUUAAAAAUCCUAAAAUUGUAAAGAAAUUUGGCACGAGGAUCAAAGAUGAAGGGGCAGCAGAGAGAUUGCUUGAGAACUUUGCAGGUUCUGUUCAGAAAGGGACUGAGAACUUCGGUGCUUUAAUUGCCUUGGAGAAGGAAAGAUGUAAUAGAAAUGAAAUGGCUACAAAUCUCAUUGCUCAAGAGCCUAGAAGAAAUGAUGCUUUGGGCCAAGCGAUGGAGAUGGAUGCAGAUAAGAAGAUUGAAGGAAGACAAUGGCAAAAAAAUAGGUAUGAAAUGCUUGCAAAGCUCAUUGGUAAAGAGCAAAGAAAAAAUGAUAGCAUGGACCGAAUAGUGGAGAAAGAUGCAAAAAAAAAUGUUGAAGCAAAGGAAAAGGUGAAAGACAGAUACAGAAUGGUUGAAAACCUCCUUCAUAAAGAACAAAGAAGAGAUGAUAAGCUGGACCAAACAGUUGAGAAGGAUGCAGAUGAAAAAUUUGAAGGGAAGGAGAAAAGAGAUGAUGCAGGCAAAAAGAUUGAAGAGAAGGAGAAGAUAGCAAGCAGGGAAGCUAAUGUCAGAAAGGGAGACAAGCACAUCCAUAGAGGUGGGGAGAAGAGACACAAAGGGAAGGACAAAGAUAGGCAUAAAGAGAAGGAGAAAGAGGAGGAGAAGAAAAGGGAUAAAGGUGAAAGAAUACAUAAAGAACAUGAUAAGCCAAAAGGCAGUGGAGAAAUGGAUUGCAUAGACAAUCUAAUCAUCAUGCCCGUAGCCCCCCAGAAAACCAAUGAAAAAUGUGCUGGUACUGAUGGAACUAUCAAGAAGAGGAAAGACUUUGAGAUAAAUGGGUUUUUGCAUGAAAUUGAUGGGCUGCCUAAUAAGCUCCCAAGACCAUCACUAGCCUACCACCUGCAUGUUGAGAAUGGAAGAACAUUGGAGUCAUACCAUGUUGCUACAGGUUAUUCUUCCAUUAAGCUUGAGACCACAAAAUACAUCAAUGCUGAAAGAGUUCUAGAAACAAACGAAUGCAAGGUAAAUGGCAUUGAAGGACCUCCACCAUCAACGGAUAACUUGAGGCCCUUGGUUGCUCUAGAAAGUAGUCCUAAUGGCAAAGCUUCUGUAAAACCACCUCACCCUGAUACCAAGUUUCUUGGCCAGAUAUACUCUGUUCCAAAAAUGGAGGAAUGGCCUGAAUAUGAUGACCAGUACUGGCUGUUUAGCAGCAAUCCCCCCGGGCCAAAGCCUAGGGCAACAUUUGAGGCUGAAGAGACAUCCCACGUGUGGGCCAAGGGACUGCAAAUUGAGUCGGCAGAUGUUUUUGCAUUGCCUUUUGUUAUUCCUUACUGAUAAUUGACAACCUGACAAUGCUAAUUCAUGAGACAGCUGUUGAAGGUGUGACAGCAGCAUGAAGCCAACAGGAGUGUUUUUCGUGCUGCAAUCUCUUGUUACCGUGCUCAUCUUCUCCCAGGACUUGGAUGCAAGAGUUCUCCGCAUGCAUACCUAGUUUGAGUCAUUUAUAUGAUGAAUUAUGAGACCCGAGUUCAUUGGACAUCCAAAGUCCUCAGCAUGCAAAGAAGUUAGUAGAGCAUACACUUAUGAUUUGUCAUAUAAUUUCUGUUCUUGAGAGAUUAUCUAUGCUGCAGUACCACACAAUUUUGAUUCAUGUCUUGUAAAUAUUCUUGUAACAAAAAAUGUACAAUAGAAGGGAAAAAGGAAAAGGAAAGAGGCUGUUAUGAUUCAU